AUGUCGGCGUCAAAGGGCCUUCUACUCGAGACGAGGAAGGCCGAGGCCGACCACGCAGAGAUACAGCACAAGAUCGAUGAGCUGGUUCGCCAGUAUGGUGCCUGGGAGCGGCAAGCGCUUGCGGAUGUGGAGGAGGGGUCACGAUCAAUUGACGCACAGUUUGAGAAGCAGAGGGCCGGCAUAGCAGGGAUCGAGCCGUCGCUACGGGAGAGCAUGGAGGCGGUCCUGAGGAAGAAUCGAGAUUUGGAAAUCGCAGCGCUACGGCAAACCUACCAGGACCAGGCGAACCAACAAAGGAAGCAUUACGAUGAGCAGAGGCAAAGAUACGACGCCGAGCUCUUCACGGCUAUUACGGCCUUGAUAACUGCCGGGCCCGAUCGGAGCCCGAACCACCGUCCGGCAUUUCCGGGCGGGCCGCCAGAUGGCUUUCAAACACCAGUUCCGGCGGCUGUUAUCUCUCGUCAACCCACUGCCACUGAAACGUUUCCCGCGCCGCCUUCCGUAGCCGAGGUUCCGUCGCAACCCCAGCCAUUUUCCUUACCUACCCCAACCCCAACAGAGAGGGAUAGGCAGCAGAUCCCGUUCCAAACCGACGCUUCACAUGAUGCACAGACAAGAUCGCCGCAGCAUUCUGCUGUCCACAACCAAGCUACGCCGACCACAUCGUUUGUCGACCGGCGCCCCACAGUCGAGGACUAUCCGGACGAAGACCCCCCAUCUACUCUCCGAUCACCAGCAGGUCCAGCCUCUUUCUCCGCACGGGAUCCCCCUUCUCCGGAGCCCGCCCUCUCCGCAGCAUCGAGCCCCAAGUUCGACUCCGCCCCGAAGCGGAAAGCAAAUGCCGAGUCGAACCACAACUCUCCCGCGCCGCCGAAGCGCGUGAAGCUGGAGAGGGCCAGCGAGGCCACCAAGUCAAACACUGACCAACCCCCGCCAGCGGUUGCCGAAGAGGGGGAGAGAGUUGAAAGGACCGUCACAUUCGACCAGGUCCACGGUACGCCCGGGAAACCAGCUCAAUACAAUCAUGUCAUCGUGCAGUACCCUCCGACGACGGGCGAUUUCUACAUUCUCAGGUGCGAUGAACACGGGGUGCACUUUGGUGAGCAUCCGCUUCGCGGUGCAGCGAAACAUCUCGCCAGCGCCCAGCAUGGUUUCAUGUCCAAGGCCCAUGCGACCGCCAUCGAGACGCUUGGGCACCGAGUCGUUGACUGCACUAAGGAGCGAGCGAACCAGAACAACCAGGUGGCCUUGAAGGCUUUCAAAGAUGGCUACAAGGCUUUCAAUGCGAAUAACCUCAGCCAGACUAGGCGCGCCGAGCUGGGAUACCCUCCACUCGACCCCCUGAAUUCUCAGAAGGCCGCUCAACAUCGCAAACGCAUGGCCGGCAUCGUCAACCCUCUACCGUGCCGGUUUUAUGUUUCGACUGGCGGGGACUUGAAGUACCCCGUCUUGAUUCUGCCAUGGGACGACAUCUCACCAGCCGGCCUGAUGGGCACGCUGGCGGACACGGGCAUCUUUCGCGAGACCUCGGAGGACGGAAGGCCACUGGGUGUGCCGAAACCGCCCAAGUGCUAUGUGUAUCGCGAAGUUGACGGCCGUAUCGCGGGCAUCAAGAGCUGGGCGAAGGGCUACGAGGACGGUGGCCCGUUGGAGAGGAAGCGGGAAUUCCCUGUGCUGUGUGCUGAAAGCUCCGAUUGUCGUAUGUGGACUGUGGGAUGGGUGAAGUCGGCCCAUCUGUCCAAUCUCGACUUUGAUGACCCGAGCUCGCGGGAUGUUCCCUAUGUCCGCGCGGUUCGCGAGUACUUCGUUAACCGGGUUUUGCGCCAGCCCGUUGUCGCUCCCCAUGGGCGAACCCGGAUUCCGCCCAUCAACACGGCGACAGAGGACGUUGAGAUGAGGGACGUAGGAGACGUGCACAGGCACUACGUUGACGGCGAUUCGGAUCGGGAUUCCAUCAGCAAAGGCGUCUCGGAGUCCGAGAACGGCCCUGGGAGGGCGGACGUUGACAGCCGACGGACGAGCUUUUCAAAUCGAGACGAUCCUCAGGGGGGCGCCAAUGGCAAACCAGCGACAUCUAACAUCCCUUCUGCGCAGCACAUUGCGGCCCAGGCGUUGAAUUUGCAAGGACCGCCGCGCAGUGGAUUCACGGCCAUUAAUGCUGGCAGUGGCGCUGAUAGCACCGCCUCACGGAGUGCCCGUGCGAGUCUAGAGCCGCCGUCAAGGGCCGGUUCAGUGUCGAGCACAGGAGGGGGCCACAAGCGGGUCUUCAAGAUUCAUGCCCGCAGCAGCAACCGACAUCCUAGUCAGAGCCAUACCUCGCCUUCCAUGGUAUUGCCUGAGAGGCCAGCUGACGGUAACAUGCCCGGCCCAACCCAACCCCAGGGCGACGUGAGGAAGCCCAGCCCGGCCAGCCUGCAGAACAUACUGCAGGACUUUCCGGGCCCGUCAGUCAUCGCCCCUCGUCCUAGUUCCCAAUCGCCCAAGCCGGCCAGUGCCCGGCGGCCGCUUCCUUCGGGUCCGAUGCGGAGCGGUUCCCCUUCGCGGUCAGCAUUGUUGUCGGCCGUCAACGCGAAGCUCACCCAGUCACCGAGGGAUACCAGGGCCGGGUCUGCGCCGGUACAGCUACCCCAUCACAGGGACCCGGUGGCGGAGGAGAUCCGGCUCCAGGGAAGCGCGUCGGCGACUCCUGCUCCGAGUAGACAUGUCCCGCUAGCACCAGCACCAGCACCGGCACCGGCAUCGGUCCCAGCAUCAGUACCAUCAUCAGCUCCAACAUCAGCCCCAACACCAACACCGGCAGCGGCAGCGGCACUAGCACCGUCACCGUCGCCAACACCAGCACCCCCCGUCGAACCGAUCCACCGACGGGAACAAGCGCCACCACCGAUCCAACUGCCCCCGCCUCACGCCACCCUCCCAUCGCUCCUCCACCUCAACACCACCCCCCUCGCGACCCCGACCGCCAGCGCCAGCAACACCCGGGCUAACUCCCCGGCCCUCGGCCACGGCGGCGGCGGCGGCAAGUCCGGCGGCUCGCCCAACCCCAACAACAGCUUCUCCAAGCCCGAGACGCCCACCCUCACCCCGACCCUCUCCCACACGCCCACCAACGGCUUCCUCCCGACCAUGGACGUCUUCGACCUGUCCGGCUUCAUGGACGGCGACGCGGAACUCUUCCGCGCCGCCCACCCGGGCCAGCACCUGCGCCUGAUCGACGACCACCAGAGCGGCGUGCUCGCGACGCCGUCGGACGCGCCGCUUGCUGUGCGUAUUGAUCCGCGGCGGGUGAAGGUUGCGGAGCGGGUGUCGGUGCAAGGGGGGGCGGUUUGUGUCGUGACCAUUGCGUAUCUGCCGGAGGAGGGUGGGGAAGGGGUGGUGGGGAGGACGCAGACGCUGGUGCUGGAGAAGGCGAGGUCGACGGCGAGGGGCAUGGAGAAUGGCGCGUUGCAUGCGCGGAGGCUGUGUAAAAGGUUGGGGACGUGGAAUAAGGCGGUCGAGUGUCCCGCGCCGGGGUUUUCAUUGGACUCGAUCAAGUGGCGCUUUACCAACCAGACGCCGACGCCGUUGUCGGCUGGGCCUGCGGCUGGGGUUGGGGAGGAGCUGAAGUAA